AUCACUUUUUCGAUUCGAAGCAGCUUGGGAUUCAAGCUUACAUAAUUCAAGCUUACUUAAUCGCGUAACUCAAACUGGUGAAACUAUAUAUAUUACCCUAAGCGCUUAUUUGGAGUUGGAAAACUGUGCUCGACCAGCAAUAAUUACUAAAGAUUUGAGUAUGGUAAUAUAUGGUCGGGAUGCUCGAACAGGUCCACGUUCACUAAAACACUUGUUUUCGGGUCAAUAUCGUAAUCCAGAGGCAAAUCGUCUUUCUGGAAUAUAUGAGCUAUCUUUGAGACGUGCCUCUGAAGCAGGUGUCCAGCGUAGACAGCGUCGUGUUCUAGAUACCAGUUCCACGUACGUACGGGGAGAAGAAAAUUUACAUGGAUGGCGUCCUCGAGGUGACUCUUUGAUUUUUGAUCAUCAG